AUGUCGGUCUUCGCUGUGCCCAUCCCGGACGAGGCGAAGCGUGAUGCAAUGAGUGCCCAGCAGAAGCAGAAAGCACAGAAAGUCAAGCAAUCAGUAGAAAACAAAUGCCCCCCUGAUGGCGAUUGCCUCUUUCACGCGCUGGCCAUUCACGAAGACGGCGACGGCGCAGAACUGAGGAAGGAAGUGUCCGACUACCUCGAGAACACCGCGGAGGAAGAAGCCGACAUGCAGGCUUGCCAGGCUUUCUACGAUGAAGCCGAUCAUCUCCGUGGCCCCAAAGAGUCGAACUGGGGAGGACACACGAGCUUGGUGGCAUACACCAAGAUGCGCGGCCGCAAAGUGUAUGUCCACACGCUGCAGGCAGAUGGGAGUUGCCAUGUACAGGAUGCGACCCAUGCCACCGUGCCAGGAGACUCAAUUGCCACCCACGUGCUCUACAACGGUACCACCCACUACGACGCAUUGCUUCAUCUCGAGGAAGCUUCGCACACAAACGUUGAGCCGGCGUGGGCAAACCAAAGCCUGCCAGCCAAGUAUUUCCAACAGAGGGAAAUCACUACCACGCCGGCUUCCACAGCAGCAACGGCACCAGUACCCGAGCCACCAAACAAGAAAGCACGCGCGGCUUCCAUAGCAGCAGCGCCUCCAGUACCCGAGCCACCAAAGAAGAAAGCGCGUGUUGCUUCCACAACAGCAACGCCUCCAGCACCGCAGCCACCAAAGAAGAAAGCUCGCGUGGCAAACCCCGCAGAUAGCCAAAAUACAAACGACGCAGAUCCCAGCGAAACCCAGCAAGAACACAGGCGGUACUACCGCAAAACAACACCCCCGCCAGAGCUCCGCGACAGCAUCAUGGACGAGAUCAGCAACGCAAAG